UGUAUAAUUUAGGCGGAUCGUGGAUAUUAAAUCUUAAUCAAACUAUUAAAAGCAAGAAUAAGAAUGAAGAAAAAACAGAAAAAGAAAAAGAAGGACAUGUCAAAUUUCUGUUAUCUCAAUUCUCCUCAAUUUCUCAUAGCUCUGCCCGAAUGUGCAUACACUUUAGUUAAUCAUCUUCCCGCGCCUUCUCUAAACCAAAUUGGAACUAUGAAACGGUAAAUUAGUAUUUUCAAUCAUACCUCAAAAUCUUUAAUAUAUUUUUCUAUAUUCCCCUUUGAUUUUUAAUCUCAAUAUUAAUGAUAAUCUUCUCAGCAAGCAAAAUCUUGAAAUUUUCAACCAAAUCUCAACGUCUUUACACUUCUUCAACUCCUAAUUUCAUUGACUUACUUCAACUUUCAAUUGAAUCUCAAUCUCUCAAAUAUACGAAACAACUACACUCCCAAAUCAUUCACCUUGGACUUGACCAAGACUCCAUUAUAGCAACUAACCUCAUCUCCUCAUACAUUGCAUGCCAAAACCCAGUUGAUUCUCAGCUUGUUUUUGACACUUUUAAACAUAAAAGUUUAUAUCUUUGGAAUAUUUUGAUUAAUGGGUAUGCUAAAAAUAAGUUCUUUGGACAAAGUAUUAAGCUUUUUAAUCAAAUGUGUAGAAGUGAAGUCACUCCUGAUGAGUUUACCAUUUCGGGUAUUGUGAAAAUUUUGGGUGAAUUAAGGGAUAUUGUUUCUGGAAAAAUUGUUCAUGGGAAGUGUGUGAGAAAUGGGGUUGUUUUAGAUACUGUUGUUGCUAAUUCGUUCAUGUCUUUGUAUAGCAAAUGUGGGGUGUUUCAAGAUUCGUUGAAGGUGUUUGAUGAAAUGCCGCAGAGGAAUAUCUCGUCGUUUAAUGUUGUAAUUUCAGGAUAUACGGGUGAAAAAGAGAGAGUUUUGGAUGAUAAGUUAUGGGAUUUUGUGAAGGAUAUGCAGAUUGAAGGUUGGAAAUUUGAUGCAUUUACGGUUUCAACACUUCUUUCUUUGUGUGGAGAGGUGAAGAAGUACUGGCACUAUGGAAAAGAGCUGCAUUGUUAUAUUGUGAAGACUGGUUUAGAGUCGGAUUUCGUUGUUUGUUCUGAUGUUCACUUAGGAUGUUGUUUGAUUGAUAUGUAUUCGAAAAGUUUCAAGGUUGAAUUGGCGAGGCGGGUUUUUGAUAGGUUGAAGCAUAAAAAUGUUUUUGCUUGGACGGCAAUGAUCAAUGGCUAUGUGCUGAAUGGGAAUUUUGAUGAAGCUUUAGUACUGUUUAAAGACAUGCAAGUGGAAGGAGUAGAACCCAAUAAGGUUUCGCUUAUCAGUAUCCUACCUGCUUGUUGUUCAUUUGAUCGUUUGAAAGGUGGAAAACAGAUUCAUGCAUUUUCAACUAGGAGAGGAUUGAAUCAUGAAGUGUCUUUCUGUAAUGCUUUAAUCGACAUGUACUCUAAGUCGGGAUCUGUGAGAUGUGCACGACGAGUCUUUGAAUUUCAUUGUGUUACUAAGGAUGCAAUAUCGUGGAGUUCAAUGAUUUCUGCUUACUCCUUACAUGGGAAUGGUCGGGGUGCCAUCAUUUUGUAUGAGGAAGUGAUUCAAAAUGGGAUCAAACCAGAUAUGAUUACGGUUGUUGGAGUUCUCUCUGCUUGUGCUAGAUCAGGGUUGGUCGAUGAGGGCAUCCGGAUAUAUGAUUCUGCUGUAAAUGAUUAUGAUUUAGAACCAACUUUGGAGAUGUGUGCAUGUAUCGUGGAUAUGUUGGGUAAAGCAGGCCAGUUCAAUAGAGCAUUGGAUUUCAUCAAGUCGAUGCCUGUGAAACCAGGUCCUAGUAUAUGGGGUGCACUUGUGAAUGCCUCUGCAAUUCAUGGAAAUAGUGAGGUGCAAAAUUUAGCAUAUAGAUUUCUUAUUCAGAUGGAACCUGAGAACCCCUCAAAUUAUGUUUCCCUUUCAAAUUUAUAUGCUUCUUCCCAGAGAUGGGAUGUUGUUGCUCGGGUGAGAACAAUGAUGAAAGACAAAGGGCUGAAGAAGUUUCCUGGUUGUAGUUGGAUUAGCAUUAAUACUGAAACGCAUAGCUUCUACGUUGCUGAUAAGUCUCAUCCUUGUUCUGUUGUGAUUUAUGAGAUGCUAGAUCAACUCAUCUUAGCGAUGAAGCGAGAUGAUUCUUGCAUUGGCUUUGAAGAUACUGUGAAGGUGUAUGAAUGAUCGGUAUUGAUUAAGUUACUACAGUUAACAAGCAAGUAGGAUAGAUGAUUUAUGCCUUUUACAUAUUAUAGAUGGAUCAUGACGUAAACCUCUUUCAACUACUUUGCCAAGAAAGCUCAUCUGAAUAUCCGGGCAAUAAUUGUUAAAAUGACCAAUCAGGAGCCUUUUUGAUGCAUCUCUCCCUCCAACUAGGCUGUAUAUAUUUCUGCCUACUAUCUUGAAGAGUUGAUGGAUGUAAAAACUGAAGUAGCGCUGAACUAGUAACAACACCCUUUCUGACCAAAGCAUCGUCAUAACAACAUCGGAAGGUGACUUUUUUAUCAGGACAUCAAGGAAAUGGUACCAUAUGAACCUAUGGCAAUGCAGCCUAGCAUGGUCUGCAGGGUGGGACCGGGAAAGCUGCAGCACAGAGAAAGAUUGUGCUCAGCGGAUUGAAAUGCCUGGGGUACUUGAGAAAAUUGAAAACCUGACGACUAAUUGGAGUCAUAAUGUACAGUGCAAGGCUUUUGAUUUUUUGGUGAAAUUCGAGAAGUAUGCUAAUUCAGUACAUGGCUAUUGAGCACUUGGGGAAAUUCCGGGAGGAAUGUGCUGAUUCUUAAUAUGAUGGACAAGUAGCUAAAGGCCCUACUUGUCCUCAACAAGUAUUGAUUUUUUUAACGGAAAAGGGUCAUUGUUACCCCAUCUACUAUGCAAAAAGGAUUAAAUAUACCCUUUGUUAUACUAUUGGUACAAAAAUAGCCUUGCCGUUAUACAAGUGGCUCAAAUAUAGCCCUCCUUUGUUAGGACUGUCCAAAGUGGAGAACCAAUUUGAUGUAGCUCUGAUAUUUGAUAAGGUGGAUGCCACAUGGCAUGCCACCUCACCACCCAACCAAUUUUACCCCUCCCAUCCACUUCUUCUUCCCCACAAGCACCUCCCUCCGCUCAACCAUCACUACCACCAUGGUGACGGUGGAGGUGGUAAAAUGCUGGUUCAUUUUGAUUUGUUUCCACCGCCACCUCCAAAUCAAAGGUGGAAGUCCCUAUGGUGCUGGAACUUUUGCUGGUGAUGGCUCUAGACAGCCUACAGAGCUUGAAUUGGAGCAAGAACUUCAUCAGGGGAAAUACAUUGCUACCAUCACUAAGAAGUUCAAAGCCUCUGCCUAAAUAUAAUCUCUGUUACUACAGUUCACCAUUUGCAUUCCAUAUAUUUUUCUUUUCUUUCUCAUUAGAGCACAUGUUUCUGUUUAAUAUUGCAUUGGUACUGAACUCUGUGGAAUUUCCUGUUUUAUAGCCUCUUGUCAGUGUCUGUUACAGGUCGAUUUUACAUGCUUAAGAAUCUUGAUGUUUUCUUUUUGUGCCUCAAAUCAUUGGAUGUUACACCUCAUA